AGGUUCACAAAGCCAAACAAUCCCGUUUACAGUUGUCCCAGACUGCAUUGCAGAUUGCGGCACGUCUACUUCAUUUGUCCGACUGCAAUCACUCUUUGCGGUAGAAAUGUUCCGGCUCGUGUUGAUAACUAGUGAAAUAUAUGCCAUAGUCUUCUCUGUUUUACAUUGAUACGCGAAUGAGUUUUUACGGCUACAAAUUACUUUAAUUCGCCAUACUGACAAUCAGAUGUACGAAGCCAUUUCGCUUUGGACUCCGUUAUCUCUGUUAGAGCAAAAAGUAAACUGCACGUGUCUUCGUUGUUAAAUAAGGUUAGCCAGCUAGCUAUUGCGAGCAAUAGAAGAAAAAGAAACACACCAUGGGCGAAAAUGCCAAAGGAGCUGGAGUGUUUCUCGAACUAAGGAAGCGGUUGCAAAGUGGUCUUCUUGUUCUCUGGAGAGAUGUGGCGAAGAGCUAUGCAGAGGUGAGGGUUACAGGAGGAGAUUCGUCCCUCCACGUCCGGACUCCUCGGGGCCUGCUAAUCGUGGAGCUGCCAGCAGGGGUCAGCCUCGUGGAGGGCUCCUGCAGGGAGGCACCUGAAAGAGGAGACGAGAUCCACUUCAGAAUGCGCCUCAAAGUGGACCAGCACACAGAUGACACGGAGGCCCCGGGGAGUGUGUUGGAGAGGCUGCAGGUCGGAGAGAGUUAUUGCUUCCACUGCCAGUCCUGUGGGACCAGGGUGCUGGAGGAGAGGGUGUUCAAGCGAGUGCUCCCUCUCCCCAACGGCAACUGGAGCUCCCUGGUGGAUGACUGGUGCUGCCAUCCUGACCCCUUUGCCAACCUGAAGCUGCUGCCCCGAGCGGAGGACUGUUUCCUGGGCGACACGCACCUCCUUGUGCCCCGGGAUAGAGGCUGUGAGGAGACUCUCACCCAGGAGCUCAGCCCCAUCACCAACAAAAUGGCCGAUGGUCAAAAUCAGGACACACCGAAACCCAACCGCAGGCGUACACUUGUCUCCUGUAAGAGCUGUACAGCCGGCCUGGGAGAGGCUGUGGCACCAGGGACCUUGAAACUCUACAUCACAGAGGUGACAGUGAGACCCAGUGUGGGAGACGGCCAGUUCGAUACCUCUCUAGACAGGUCACUGUUCCUGGAACAGACGGUAGCUGCCAGACUGGUGGAGCUGUCCUCCUCCCAGAGCAUGUUUCGUUUCUCUAUCCAGGCCUCAGAUGGAAAAGCCUUCAUAUUGCUCUGGCUCCUGAACAGCGACUCCCUCAUUGCCUCGUCCUCUGCCACUCCGUCAUCGGCUGUCAGGAGUGAUGCGUCACUCUCCCGGCCACCGCCAGUGUUCUGA